AUGGAAUUUCGGUUUGGAGGCAAAUUUCGCUUAUCUAGAAAAUUAGCUGAUGGAGCUUUUAGCGAGGUCUAUCUUGGUAUUAACGUGCUGAAAAACGAAGAAGUAGCAAUUAAACUUGAAAAAAUUAAUUCGAAAAAUCCACAGCUCAUAUAUGAAUCUAAAAUCUAUAAACUCUUAUACGGACAAAGAGGAAUAGCAAAGCUUCAUUGAUGCGGCGUUGAAGGAGAUAAUAAUGUUCUUGUGCUAGAUCUCCUUGGUUUAUCUCUUGAAGAAUUAUUCAGAUCUUGCAAUAAAAAAUUUUCAUUGAAAACUGUCCUGCAAAUUGCAGAUGAGAUAAUCCCACUUAUAGAAAUGUUUCAUAAUAAAGCUCUCAUCCAUCGUGAUAUAAAGCCUGAUAACUUUUUAACAGGAAUUCGGACAAAUGCAAACCAAAUUUUUAUGAUAGAUUUUGGUAUGUGUAAAAAAUUUCGAAAAGGUGGCUCGCACAUUCCUUAUAGGGAAGGGAAAAAAUUCAUAGGCACUGCAAGAUAUACUUCUAUCAGCGCUCAUUUGGGUAUUGAAUUAUCGCGCAGAGAUGACUUAGAAUCUUUAGCGUACACCUUAUUAUAUUUUAUAAAAGGCAGUCUGCCUUGGCAAGGGGUUCGUGCAUUUACUAAAAAAGAAAAGUACGAUCGAAUUGUAGAGAAAAAGAUGUCAACUUCAAUAGAAUCCUUAUGCUAUGGUGUUCCUAUAGAGCUUGAAAACUUAUUAAGGUAUGCACGAUCACUACGAUUUGAAGAUAAGCCUGAGUAUUCACAUAUAAAAAGACAGUUUCGAGCAUUAGCUCAAAGAGAAAACUUGCUCUAUGAUUUUGUGUUUGACUGGACAAUUUUGCAUUCACAUCAAACUGUAAGACCUUCCAGAAGAGAAGAGCAGAAGAAUGACCAUAUAGGAAGACUAAGAGCUUCAAGUAUUGAUUCAGCAAUUAUGAAAAAUUAUACAGUGUUAUAAUAAUCCAUAUAAAUAUUGACUGAGAAAGACGUCCGCACUCAUGCAUGGUAAAUAGUAUAA